GCAUGAAAUUGGAUGAUUGGAUCCCUCACGUCUCAGAGAACCAGCGUCCCACACUCGUCCUCAAUAGCCUUCGCUCUCCUGGUCUCUCGUCAGAUGAACACCGACUCUCCUGCAACGGUAGUAGAAAACAAUUUCCCACCAAACCCUCACUUCACAUCCCUUUUUUCUUCUCUCCUUCCACCAGGUCUAAAACCAAAGCACUCUCUCAUCGUUCUUUAAUUUUUCAAUCUCGAGAUGGGUCUAAAAGGAUUCGUUGAAGGCGGGAUCGCGUCCAUCGUGGCCGGCUGCUCGACGCACCCGCUCGACCUUAUCAAAGUCCGCAUGCAGCUCCACGGGGAGACGCUAAGCCCCGCGGUCUCCACCGCCGCCCCCGCUCUCGGCUUCCACACCAACGCCACCGCCACCGUCGCUCUCCCCCGGCCGCAUCCCCGCCCAGGCCCGCUCGCCGUCGGCGCCCAGAUCCUCCGCUCCGAAGGCCCUGCCGCGCUCUUCUCCGGCGUCUCCGCUGCCGUCCUCCGCCAGACCCUCUACUCCACGACACGCAUGGGCCUAUACGACAUCUUCAAGAAGAAGUGGUCCCCCGCCGGCGACGGCAGCGCCCUUCCACUCCACCGCAAGAUCGCCGCCGGCCUUGUCGCCGGCGGGAUCGGCGCCGCGGUCGGGAACCCCGCCGAUGUGGCGAUGGUCCGGAUGCAGGCCGACGGCCGGCUCCCGGCGGCGGACCGGCGGAACUACAAGAGCGUGGUCGACGCGAUCGGGCGGAUGGUGAGGAGCGAGGGUGUGGGGAGCCUGUGGCGGGGGUCGGCGCUGACGGUGAACCGGGCGAUGAUCGUGACGGCGUCGCAGCUGGCGACGUACGACCAGGCGAAGGAGGCGAUCCUGGCGCGGAGGUUGAUGGUGGACGGGCUAGGGGCGCACGUGACGGCGAGCUUCACCGCCGGUGUGGUGGCGGCGAUGGCGUCGAACCCGGUGGAUGUGGUGAAGACGAGAGUGAUGAACAUGAAGGUGGAGAAGGGGGCGCCGCCGCCGUACGCCGGAGCGCUCGACUGCAUGUUGAAGACGGUGAGGACGGAGGGGCCGAUGGCGCUCUACAAAGGGUUUAUUCCGACCGUGUCCCGCCAGGGGCCGUUCACGGUGGUGCUCUUCGUCACUCUCGAGCAGGUCCGCAAGCUCCUCAAGGACUUCUGAUCACCGUUAGAUCUCGAUCGGACGGUGGAUGAUUGGACGAUGACGAUAAAAGUAGCUUCUAAAUAAAUUUAGUUUUUAUAUUAUUCAAAAUCCCCAUCAUCAUCGUCCAUCAUUGUAUCAACGUGAUUCCCGUGAUCCUGGGAAGACAUAAAACAAUGGGAGCUUAGACGUCCUUUACUUUUUUAUAAUGUUUGUACCCUUUGAAUAUUUUAUUCAAAAAAUAAAGCCCAUUGUGGAUUGAGACUAAA